ACGAGGCUCUGCCAGUCAAUGUCGACCGCGGGCAGUUCUUUUUAAUAACGACCAAUUGCGCUGGAACGGCCAUAUGGAACAGGCCCCUAUUACCAAUCGUGUUUCUUCUCAUAGCAUGCUUUCUACACAACAAAACAUAGUCGUUAGCUCGCCCUUUCCUGGACUUCAGCAGUCGCAAGAGAAGCUGCCACCGGCCUAUGAAGAAGCUCAUCUGGCCGUACAAAACCUUGAUGGAGAAAAGUUAGCCAUUUAUCGCCAUCCUCUGUUCCCAUUGCUAGCAAUGUUGCUCGAAAAGUGUGAACUCGCUACUCAAACUAACGAAUGCCCCACUUCUGCUACGUUUGACAACGACAUUAAGAAUUAUAUAAUGCAGCACAACAGGGACGGAAAGCCAUUCUUUACCGAUGACCAAGAGCUGGAUAAUUUGAUUGUCAAAGCUAUUCAAGUAUUCCGUAUUCACCUUUUGGAGUUAGAAAAAGUUAAUGAACUUUGUAAGGAUUUCUGCCAACGUUACAUUGCUUGUCUGAAAGGAAAAAUGCAAAGUGAUAAUCUCCUAAGAAGUCCUCUGUCAUCAACUGCAUCAUUUUCAUCACCUACACUUGGUGGAGUGGCGCAAACUGUACAACAGCUUCCAACUUCACCACCACAACAGUUAUUCAUUCAACAACAACAACAACAACAACUCACAGAACAACAAGUUACGUAUUUCACUCCUGCUGCUAAUCCAUGCUCAGUAGCCAUGGCAACACCACCUAGUGGCAGCGUCAUUACCCCACCAGUCCAACAACAAGUUGCAACAAGUACAACUUAUGUCCAACAACAGCAGGCACCAGCAGUAGUCGUUUCCUCAACACCACAGACCUUUGUGUUGACACAGAUUCCACCAACACAGUUUACAACACCAUCGUCAACAGUUACAACUACUGCUGCUGCAGCAGCAUCACCAACCACUCCAACCAGCUCAAUGAGUGCUGGGUCACCAUUAGAGAUAGCUGUACCUGUGCCUAUCCCAUUGCCRACACUUGAUCUGGACUCGCCAACUGAAACCCCAGAGAAGAAAAAGGCCAAGAGAGGUGUAUUACCGAAACAGGCAACCAACAUCAUGAAGACCUGGCUUUUUUCCCAUUCUAUGCAUCCAUAUCCUACAGAAGAUGAAAAGAGAGCCAUAGCAGCGCAAACAGAUUUGACUAUUCUACAAGUGAACAAUUGGUUUAUCAAYGCAAGGAGACGUAUCUUGCAACCAAUACUUGAUGCYGGCAAUCCUGAUGCUCAUAAGACCAAGAAGUCAAAAAUCCAAAGUCGUCCUGCGCAGAGGUUUUGGCCAGAGUCUUUAGUUCCUUCACAGGCAGUGGGUACCAUCCCAAUUGCACCUAACCUUCUUGCUGGUCAACAGGGCAUUCCUCCUAACUCUGUCCAGAUACAAACCCUACCAUCUGGAACUGGCAGUAUUGCAGUUCCUACAUUAGUAAACUCUGGAGGGACCAUCCUGUCUGGUACUGUCCAGUUACCACCCAACAUCACCCUUCAACARGGUAGUAAUAUAGUGAUUGUAACGCUACCUGCAAAUGCAAGUACAGUAUACACAAUUAGYACAACAAGCACACCAAGCACACCUUCUGUCCAGCCAACCAUGGCCACAUCAUCUGUUACAUCAAAUAUUGAAACUUCAACUGCAGAGAAUCUUAUUCUGACGAGUAUACAGCAAGCUAGCCCUAAUAUCCAUGGAUCCCCACUACCGACCAUGGUACAGAAUGGAAAUAUCAUGCGGGGAGAGUAUCAGUUAGUUGGCUCACCAAAUCAGCUCACAACAACAUCCACCAUUGCAGCAGCCACUGAUAAUCUUGUCCAGACGUUAACAAUGGAAAAUGCUGAUGUUUCAUCAGCAGUUGUGAAUUAAGUAUGUUUUACAUGACAUAAACCAUAGGCUAUCUUAAAAUGGUGUGAUUGUGGACAUAGAAAUUCAUUGCCUUUUUGUUUCUCUUAUAUUUCAUUGAAAUUUCAUGUUUUAAAAGAGUAUGUUAAAUUUGUAGUACAAUGUAAUUCAUCAAAGAAAAGUUUUUGCUGGAAAGAUCCUAUUGUGUCUAGAAGGUGAAUGCUGCUCAAGCAAAAUCCAACAUAUAUACAAAUUUACAUGAACUUUUAACUUGGUUUCCUUACUCAAAAUAUAGUUGAUUUGACAUAAAAUACUCCUUUAAAAAAAUACUCUAGAUUUAUMAAAUAUUUUGAGGAAAUAAUUGUGAUGAAUUUUUAUGUCCAACAAUGUAAAUGAAGUUACAAAACAGUUUCCUGAAGUUUGUAAAUACUAAACUUCAAUAUAACUUUUUUAAUACAGUAUUCAUUUAAUGUUUUUUGUUUACCUUUCCUCUCAGUAUAGAGCUUUURUGUAUUUUGUACUUUUCGAAGUGCCAAACAAUCUGUGCUCAAAAGUCACAAAAGUUUCCCUUUUGUUUUACAGUAACUUUGYCUGUGUUUACUCUCUUCAGUUUGGAAACURUUUUGUACUUUCAUCCAUUUUUGUUUWGUCACUAAUCAUUGUUGGCUCCUUCAGUGUUUUUUACAGAUUUUAAAGAGGAAAAUGUCUUUAACAGGUAUUUUUACUUGAGUUUUAGUAUUUCCAAGGUUGUUUUUAUCAAAUAGAAUCUAGAAAUAACCUUGUUSUGUUAGUUAACUCUUUGAUGAUUUUCUAAAUUAUAUGCUGGCUGUGCCUAAGUUAAGUGGGAAUUGCUGUGCAGACAUUUUCCCAUCCCAUUAUUUCCAUUCCUAUUGUUCAGUCAGUGAGAAUUCUGCCUCCCCCUGGACUCUAUGGCUUAAACUUAACGAUCAAAAGACAUGUAUAUGACUUUCUUAGAGUUGGAGGGUUUUGGUUUAAAGAUUGAUUCAUAUGUAUUGUUCAUAGAAAAGGAACUACCRUAAUACUAUCACUGCUCUCAUGUUGUUUACGUUCCAAGUGAAAAAGUACAAUUGCUAUAGAAUCAUACAAAUACAGUGUACGCAAUAGAGAGAAUAGAAGAAGAGAGUUUAAUUAAUGUAAAAAACUCAUGUUACUAUUGCAUGUUGCUCUUGUACAAGUACUUAUGUACAUGRCAGGAUGAUACACCUUGUAAAAAUGUUGUCAGGUUUAAAAAGGUUGCAUGAUCAAAGAACAAAUGUUAGGAUGGGAGAGCAAACAAUAAGUUUAAUAUCACGAUUACAGCAGUAUUUCAUUUCCCAAAGACUGUCUACACUAAAUAAUUAUAACCUCUAUGUUGAUAAAGUUCAUGCUUAGACAAAGAUGAUUCAAAAUUUUGAUUACUAGAACUCCCCAUUGAUAUCAACUACAAACCUGACAAUGUUUUGCAAUUAUGUUUAAAACACUAGAYUAAAAGGGUAGAUCCACUGAACUAUUGCAUUUUUAACUGCACUGUGAUAUAAUUACAUCACAGCAAAACAUUCUAUUAUUUGAACACUAAGGAUUCUAGUUGCUAGAGAAGAACAAUUACUGCAAAUCAUAUAUGAGCAAUCAUGUGUGUCAGGACUAGAUUAAUAGUUAAUAGUACCAAAUUUGCACAGUUUCUGAGCAUAUAUUCCCACUGUUAACAUGCUGUGAUGUCAUUAUGUGAUAGGGCAAUUGUUCUGUUAAAACAAUCAARAAGACUAUGAAWCAGACAAAAKUCCCYGCAGGGGGGARGGGAUGGGAAUGGAUGUUCACAGGCUAAAGUUGCUGAAGUUGUCAUCUUGAUUCCUAAUAUGGAAACCCACUUUUUAAUUGUUCUGAAAGCAGUCAGACUUUACUCUUGAUUGCAAAAACGUUGUCAUAGAGAAAUAGACYUUUUGUGGUUUACAGAGAAAGGAUUAUAAUCAGCCACAGUGAUCUACUUGCGUCGUUGUAAUGCAUUCCUCUGAACGUAAGUAAAAAUGCUCUAUUUCCGUAUGGCAACAUUUUUACAAUUGAUAAUACGAUGAUUGCUUAGUUUCAUAGCGUGGGUUGUGUAUAUUAUAUGUUGUGUAUUAUAACCAAAAAGAGAUAUAGACAUGUGGAAAUAUCAAAUAUUAACCACACGAUGUAUAUAUAACCAAGUAUUAACUGCUACUAAUCAUUUUAAAUUAAAAUAAUAUCAAUAAACAUUUUUAUAAUAGUCA